AUGUCAGAAAUUCAAGAUAAUCCUGCUAAAAGAAGCUUAGAAGAAACUCAAGUCGAGAAUUCUGUCAGCAAGAAGGCUAGAGUAAAUGUUGUGGAUAAUGGAAUUUCAGAAGCUGAUGUUGGUAUCACUUACUUUUUAAGCCCUGAAAUUUGCGGUUUCAAAGGUCAAAUUAAACAAAGAUACACUGAUUUUUUGGUGAAUGAAAUUGAUAAGCAAGGUAAUGUUGUUAAUCUAACUGAUAAAGGGUUUAAUAUGCCAAAGAAAGCAAAGCAAAGCCCUGAAGAAAAUAAGAAAAAUCGUGAAGAAGAACUAGCUAAAAGACAUUCAUUUACACCUGAGUCAGAAUCUCGUGCUCAGCUUGUUGAAUUAUUAGGUGAAGAAGAUGUUUCUAAGAUUGAAGAAGUUUAUCGUGAAGCUGUUUCAAUGGAGACUACCAAGACAUUUGAUGAUAAAACUGAAAGGACAAAGAUUCAUCAUUUGUUACGAGCUGCUUUUAAUAAUGAAUUAGAGUCUGUUACUACAGAUAGCAAUAGUUUUAAAAUUGCUAGAAGUAAUAAUAAAUCGCGAGUAAACAAGAAAGAAUUGGUGGAAAGAACAAAAGAUGCUAAUGGUGUCGAAAAUUGGGGAUAUGGUCCAACUAAGGAAUUUUUACAUUUCACAUUGCAUAAAGAAAAUAAAGAUACUAUGGAUGCGGUAAACAUUAUUGCCAAGCUAUUAAGAUUCCCAACACGUGUAAUUAGAUUUGCAGGUACAAAGGAUCGUAGAGGUGUUACCUGCCAAAGAUUAUCAAUUUCUAAACUAAGUGUAGAUAGAUUAAAUGCUUUAAAUAGAACGUUGAAAGGUAUGACUGUAGGUGGUUUCAAAUAUGAAGAUGUUAGCUUAAACCUUGGUGAGCUUCAGGGUAAUGAGUUUGUAAUUGUUAUUAGAGAUGUUCAAGUUAAUGAAGAUUCCAGCAUGACCUUAGAAGACAUUUUAGAUAAAGGAUGUAAAUCAUUAACUAAUAAUGGAUUUAUCAAUUAUUUUGGAAUGCAAAGAUUUGGUACUUUUAGUGUUUCCACUCAUGAAAUUGGUAAAGAACUAUUGAAUGAAAAUUGGGAAAAUGCUGUUGAAUUGAUUUUAUCAGAGCAAACUAAUGUCCAACCAAAAUCUAUUGAAGCUCGUAAAAUUUGGGCUGAAACUAAAGAUGCUAAAGAGGCUUUAAAAAAGAUGCCAAGACAGUGUCUUGCUGAAAAUGCUGUCUUGCAUUUUCUUUCGUCUCAAGCGUUAGGUGAAGAUGGGAAAUACUCUGCCAAUGCUUAUUAUACAGCUAUAAUGAAAAUUCCAAGAAACUUAAGAACUAUGUAUGUCCAUGCUUAUCAAAGUUAUGUGUGGAAUGCUGUUGCUAGUAAAAGAAUUGAGUUAUAUGGUUUAAAAUUGGUUCCCGGUGAUUUAGUCGUGAAUGAUGAAGAACAAAUCAUUACCGAAGAAAAGGAAGAGGAAUUUGACGAAGAUUUGAGAGAAGCAGACUUCGUUCGUGCUAAGGCGGUCACUCAGGAAGAUAUAGAUCAAGGGAAAUAUACGAUAGAUGAUAUGAUCUUGCCAACACCAGGGUUUGAUGUUAUUUACCCAACAGAUGAAAAAUUAAAAGAACUAUAUGUUGAAUUAAUGAAAAAAGAUGGCAUGAAUCCAUUUGAAAUGAGAAGAAAAGUACGUGAUUUCUCGUUAGCUGGUACGUAUAGAGUUGUGAUUAACAAGCCAAAAGAAUUAGAAUAUAAUAUUAUCAAAUAUGAAACUGACACUCAGCAAUUAAUUAACAGUGAUUUAGAAAUUUUGAAUAAUAAAAGAGGAAAAGAAAAUGGUCAGAAAUAUAUGAAGGAUAAGUUACAAAGAAUUAGUAAAGAAAAAGGUGGUGAUAAAGUUGCUGUCAUUUUAAAAUUUCAGCUAGGCAUCAGUGCAUAUGCUACUAUGCUGUUGCGUGAACUAAUGAAAUUAGAGACAUCACGCCGUGGUGAUAUGUGUGAUGUCACAGUCCAAAAUUCAGUUAAUAAGGAAGAGCCUAAAAUUAAUUGA